UAUUGCACUACGUUGAAGAGAACGAAGGGCUCGGAGAACCGCAAAUGGAAGGCGAAGCAAUUCCAAGACAUGCAAUGGGGCAGCUCCCCAGCAACACAGCAGCCACCCCUCAGGACAACCAUACUCAAACAUAAACAUAGAGAGCAACUAUAGGACUGACAAGACGAGAUAUGAGCAAUCAACCGAACACAGAUGCUUCCAAUAGCACUGAAGAGGACAAUAUGCAGCAGAACGAGACAGCUAUCGACGUCCAGGCUGCCCUUCAAGAAGCCCUUGCAAUGGCUUCAACACCCAACAAUCCUCUCCUCGCUUCCCUAUUGGGGAAUCAACAGCAACGGCCUCCUCUUCGACCACAGCCAAAUCCCCAGCAGCAUGCAGUGGAGCUUCCCCAACAACAACAGGUCCUCCAGCGUCCGCCGCCCCGAUCGCAGCAGCAAGAGGGCUCACACAAUUCACACUUGCAUAGCAUUCAAGCCUUGCUUUCGCUCCAGCAACCGAGACUAGAUUCAUUACAAGCACAGUCACAAAAUAUGCAGAAUUUUGCAACCGCGAGACCCCAUCGAAUUGGUAGCUUGCCUUCUACAGAGGGUUCCAAUUUCGCAUCGCGGUCGUCUGCUGAUACAAUGGCAGCAGCGCACGCCUCCGGGGGCGAAACGACACCUCAUGUUGCUCGAGCGGACCACCAGCAGCUAAUUCAGCGAUUCUCUGCUCUUCUUCAGGCACCCUUACCAGCUCCAGGCCCGAGUCCGCCGGAACGGCAACGUGCUUCUGCCCAGCAACCAAAUCAACCCUCGUUGCAACCUUAUCCGCAACAACAGUCCAGCAACCCCGUUGCACGAGCUUCAAGCAGCGCCCCCCAGAAUGUUUUCGACGGGACUGAAGAACCAUUGGCACUAAUAAAUGCAAGCAUGCCAUCAUCCGCAUUUCCCCUGGCGAACGCAGCUCAACAGGUUGCCACCUUCUUGCGAACGAAUCCUGAAAUGCUUAACGAUGCACAGGAUGUGCUGCGGCAAGCGAUUGACACGCUGCGGCAUGGAGAUCUUGGCCUGGAGCAACUGAGCGCCUCUGAAGCAGCUUCAUCAAGUCAGGGACCUAACAAUGAUGCAAUGGAAACAUUAAUGGCACAGAUUCCGCAGCAAAACCUAUUGGCUGAUCUACAAACACAGCUGGCAGCGGCCGCGCCCCUUGCAAGCAGUAACCCCGACGUCGCCACACCACAGCAGCCACCAAACAGCUUGCCAUUUCAACAGUGGCUGCAAGCCCAAGCCACCCUCCAGCAUCCAACAUCGCAGCAGGCCACGGGCGAGGACGCUGGCAGAAGUCUUAGGCCUGACCCCGCGCAAGUAAGAUCUUUGUCCUUCAGUAAUGUGUUGACAGGGGAAUUUCCUCCUGCAGCCGCUGCCCCAUCGUCUGCUCCAAGUUCAGUCGCUGGUGGAGGCGGUGAGUCAGUGGCAACUACACAGUCAAAAGCAACAUCGGGAUCCGCAGAAGGGAAGAAGCCCCGGGGACGGUCAGCCGCCUUCCCUCGCAAACUUUAUCAAAUGCUAAUGGACCUCGAAAAUCAAGAAGGAGGAAAAGAAAUUGCCUCCUUCUUGCUACCCCACGGAAGAGCCUUUCGAGUCCACAAGCCCAAGGAGUUUACCCAAGACGUGAUGCCCCAGUACUUCAAAAUGGGGUCCUGGACGAGUUUCCAGCGGCAACUCAAUCUCUACGACUUUCAACGCAUCACAGAAGGACCAGAACGAGACGCCUAUUAUCAUGAGUGGUUUGUUCGAGGUCAGCCCGAGCAAUGCAAACGUAUCAAACGCAACAAGGCGAAGAGCUUGACUAGGGCAAAGCAACAAGAGCGGCUUCGGGAAUAUGAGAAAGCAAAGGAGGCGGAUGUUGCUUUCGAUGCUAGUGAUGAUCAUGAAGAUAUGGAGGACGAUGAAAUGGACGAAGGUGGUCAGCUAGGGAUCUAAGGGAAAGUCCUCAUGGCGCCAUUAGCAUCCUCUGUAGGCUUUUGGCAUGAUGUUGUACUGGAUCUUGGUUUAGCUAUUGGCAAUGGAGGAGGCGGAAAGCACAGAUACAUUUGCUUCCUGCUUCCAACUGAAGGGGCAGGGAACAUGCACGGGAACAUGCUGAUACGGAAAUUGCUACAGAUAUUGGGUGAGAUUGAACCAACAAUGGUAAAGAGUGCCUGAGGUCGAAAUUGCGUGCUUUAAGAUGCGUUUUUCAGCGUUAAAACUUGCCCAUCGAGGGAGCACACAGCCAGCAAAGCUGCAGAAGAAUCUCGAAAAGGGGCUCCAUUGCGCAGUCGCAAAAGUUAGCAGAUAGAAUGAUGCUUGAAUAGCCAAUGAUACUGUUGGAUUGGGUUCAUGACCAAAGCUCAAGGCCCAAAGCUCCAUGCUAAGUACGGAUAACCCUGGAGCUUUGCUAGCUAGUCCUUGACUGCGCACAUUUAAUUGAUCUUUGAGCGGUCUUUGCAGAUUUGCUCAGGCGUCGCAUUUCUCGUUUUGCCGCAUCCAAGGGCCGGUAACGAAAGAUUCGGUUCGAUUCGUUUUGACAACUAACUCUGGUGCAAACCAGUAUAUUCUACUAAAAAAACCAACAAGACCACUACAAGUGGGCACCCCUGGUGUUGAUUGCAGUCUAUGGUUC